CUGCGGAACUCCGGCAGUGGGGUUCCUUCUAGCGGUUGGGUCUGCGUCCUCCGCGAGAUCCCAAGAUAUUCUUAGCGCACGGAAACGACUACUGGCUUGGCCAGAGGACUCGAGGUGUGAGCGAGGUGCUGGCCCCGACGGGACAACAGGACGGUGAGGUACGGAGAAGGAAGGCGAGCGCGCCCCGGAAAAUGAGCACCUCCCCACACCGCGGUGUCCAGGAGUGAGGGCCGGAGGGAACUCGGCUGCGGGGAGUUGUGGCCUUAUCGUGCUUCCGGCCGAGAACUUGGUACCGUUGGGACUUGGCUAAGCGUGGACGCACCCGCAUCUGCUCCUCCUCCGCAGUGGUGGAAGACACCCGCGGACUGUGGCUGAAUAAGGGCUCUCUCCUGAGGCCAGAGUAUCCGCAGCAGCCUACCCAUAUAUUACAAGAAAUCUCACGUCAAACACUGGAAGAGAUGUCAGAAGAUUCAGAAAAAGAAGACUAUUCAGACGGAACAAUCAGUGAUGAAGACGAAUCGGAUGAGGAUAUGUUCAUGAAAUUUGUAAAUGAAGAUCUUCAUCAAUGUGCACUUUUAUCAGCCAACUCUUUUGGUGAUCCCUUCUUCCCCCGGACUACACAGAUACUAUUAGAAUAUCAGCUAGGGAGAUGGGUGCCACGUCUUCGUGAACCACGGGAUUUAUAUGGUGUCUCUUCUUCUGGUCCACUGAGCCCAACACGGUGGCCAUACCAUUGUGAAGUCAUCGAUGAAAAAGUCCAGCAUAUUGCCUCCUCAUGACAUAUCUGUGGCAGAGGGAAUGAAUAAGAAGCAAUAAAGGAGAAUCCCUACUGCUCCUACUGUGACUUCUCCCUAAUUUCUCUGCAGUAGCAGUGAUGAGAGAAUGAGAGCAGAAGAGCCCCAAAAGGAAGAGGAAAGCAACACCCAUCCUGCCGCUGCUACUUAGUGUCACUUCCAGCCCCAUGUGAUGGUUCCACUCAGCUUAGUUCCACCUCAUCUAACUAGAAAACCCUUCUGUCACAUCCUUGCCACACCUUUCUGUUCCUUACGUUUCCUAGCCCUCACUCUCAGCCUUCAUUUUGCCCUCCAUCAUAGGAGUCACCAUCAGAAGUUGAGAGUGGGGAGAGUUUCGACUCCCCUUGUUUGCUUGGCAAUCCCCCACUGUUACUCUUGAGGUUCAGAUGAGGGCAGCUGCGUUUCUGGCCUCUUCUAUUGAAAUUAUAAAUAUAUUUUCUAACCAAAUACUUUUUUAAGAGUGGCUAGAGUUUAUGGUGCCAUCUUUCAGAUAUUUCAUGUGAUAAAUAGGCUUUGCAUUCUGUGAACCCAGCCUCCAUUCUGGUGAAGGUGCAGUCACCAUACAGUACGGGUACAGAUGCAGCCUCCCUAAGCAUACAUUUCCCAAGAUCCCCAGAGUCAUGACGUCACACAGCUAUUGGUGACAUUAUCUGUGCAAGGUAGAGUCAGACUGGAUAAAAGCUUCAUUUGAGGCUAUCCUGCCACUCUUUUAUUUUCAGUCUGUGUCCCUGAAGGUUUUGCAAAUUCCACUGAUCCUUAAGCCAACUACAACACCCACUGCAAUACAUCCCUGUGUAGGAGAAUCAGAAUCUUCUCCCACAUGUCCUUGAUGGCCUUUUCCACUUUGCUUGCUAGCAUUUCAGAAAGCUUACUUCCCAUUGUUUUACAUAUUGUCAUAGACCUUGCUUGUGUCACCUGACUAUUGCAAAGAUUUUACAAAUUAGAUAUUUGAAAGGACUUAUAAGACUCCACAGAGCAUUUUUAUGUGUGGCUUUUAUUUAAAGGCAGAGGAUAUGGUGCAGCGAGAGAAAGAUAAUGUGGUAAACAUGAGGACCCAGGUGCUAGCUUUCCAGCGGCCUUAUUCACACAUAGACUACCUGUCUUCAGAUUGAAACACUAAGAUCUAUGUGAUUCAUCUUAGCUUCAGAAGACCUCAAGGCCAAAGUUCCCAUCUGGGUUUUUAGGACCCUCUAGUCCUGACAUCAAAUCAGGCUGUCUUCCUGAUUCUGCCAAAUGAAAACCAUCAGUAAACAAACUGGCCAUGUGGGGUUAUCAGGGGGAGUUUCAGGCAGUAAACAGCGUAUCAUUAAUCUUACUCUUCUUAUCUUGGCCAAGAGUCCAAGCUGGACAGCCAGAAUUCCCCAGAGGUAAAAAUAGAGCUUUUCCAGUUCAGCUAUAAAUUAACUCUGUCUUACACAGCCAUCUAUCUUGAAAGUCUUUCUGUAUCAGUUUGCAUAUAUUAAUCUCCUUUUUAUAAACUGGUAUGUCAGAUUUCAUUAAAUAGAUGAAUGAGAAUUUCCUUAACUGGUACCUUAUUGAUGAAUUUUAGGUGUUUCCAAUCAUCAGCUCUGACAGAACUGCAUAAAUACCCUUUUAUGUGUGGCCUAAUGCAUAUAUACAUAUAUAUUUUAGGGGUACAUUCCUAGAAUUUCUGGUAUAAGGAUACUGUCAAAUUUUCAUCCAAAAAGAGUUGCAUUAAUUUAUAAUCAUAAAGGCAAACAGUUUAUGACUAUGGUCAGGGGUCCUCAAGAUAACUCAUGUUCAACACUUUGCUACAAGGACUUGCAGAACUCAGAGAAGCCAUUAUACUCAUGGUUAUGGUUUAUUACACUGAAAGGACACAGAUUAAAAUCAGCAAAAGUAAAUGGCGUAUAGCAGCGGUCCCCAACCAUUUUGGCACCAGGGACCAGUUUCGGGGAAGACAGUUUUUCCACAGAUGUGGACAAUUUUUCCACAAAUGUGGGGGGAUGGUUUUGGAAUGAAACCAUCCCACUUCAGAGCAACAGGCAUUAGAUUCUCAUGAGGAGCGCACAACCUAGAUGCCUUGCACACACACAAUAGGGCUUGUGCUCCUAUGAGAAUCUAAUGCUGCCGCUGAUAGGACUGGAGGCAGAGCUCAGGUGGUAAUGCUCGCUCGCCCACUGCCCACCUGCUGCUGUGUAGCCUAGUUUCUAAUGGGCCACAGACCAGUAGUGGUCCACAGCCUUGGGGUCGGGGGCCCUUGCCAUGCGGCAGAGUCCAGAUGAGACCAAGCACAAGCUUCCAGUUGUUUUCUCCCUAUGGAGUCUUAAUUAACAGCACUUAAUUCUCCCAGCCGUAACGUGAGAUAAUAUGAAGUGCUGCUAAUCAUCCAACUUUGGUGUCACUGGUUCCUACUGCAGGUUGUUUAUAUCUACAUGCAGUGCCCACAUGGCUGACCUCAGUUAGUCUCUGGACUUUCCAGGGGUCAAAAUUGAUACUGUGUGUCCAAGGUCUCUACCACUACCACCACAAUAAAUCAAUUGUUAGCAUAAACUAUCUGACAUAGCCCAAGGUCCCAGGUAGACAAAGAUACUCUUACAAGGCAACGUAUUCCGAGGCCUCAGAGGUUAUCUCCCAGGAGUUUAGCAAGGUCCAGACCAUUCUUUACAAUGUACAGCAUUUGGACAACCCAGGCCUGCUGAGUUAAUCAUUUACACACAGGCUACCCAUGGUCACUUGGCCUAGGCUCUCCUACAGCAAAACCAUCAUAUAUGUCUAAGCAUCUACAUUUAGUAUAGCAUUCUUAUAAAUGACAUAGUGAUAGUGUCAAUAUGAUGCCUAAAAUUUUGAGGAGCAAGUGUGGGGUAGGAAUAGAUUUAAUGAAACAACUAAUCAGUCCUAUAAAGCCAUUAGACAUUUUCAUAGUUUUUAACUAGUAUGAUUAUCUCCUAUUUUAAUGUUCUGCUAUUUAUACCUUUUGACAAACUUAUACAUACAUACUCAGCAUAGAAAUAAACUCAUAAUUAAGUAGAUCCAGUUCUUACUCAGCCCACUUUUCAUUGAUAUUACAUACUGUGUAAUGAGACUGUGAUUCAAUUUUCCAAUACAUUUGAUCAUCAUCAUAUGACUUACUUACAUAGGAAGAAGAACCACACCAACAGUGCCAGUGUUAUACUGUAUCUGCAGUAUUGUAGUAGACGUAACCUGAAAAAUAAGAAUCAAAAGAUAACAGCCUGUUACUAGAGUUCCACUGUGGUAUUAACAAUUAAUUGGUCCAGUUCAUCAUUAUAUCAUAUGACCAGAAUGUCUUCCUGAGCACUCAAGUUCACAGGCUUUCAUUCAACCUUUUCAGGUUCUAAGAGCAGGGCUAGUCUUAGAAAACGGACUUCACCUUUUUGGGCAUCUAGUAUAAUUAAGCUAAGAGAUAACUGUCUCUUGCUCUGAGCCUCUCUCAAAGCACCAAUGUAAUACUAGCUUUUCCUCAUUAUCUAAUUCAUUUAUUUAUUCCCAUGCCUUGGCUAUUUCUCCUAUUUUUCACUUGUCAUAAUUUUUUACCUAAACAUUUCCACCUUUGGAAGAGUUGUUAGGCUUAGCCACUGCGCUGGUCUAGAUUGCCAGGAGUAUUACAGUCUAGCUCGUGCCUCCUUUCAGCUCAUUCCCCUUUACACAGAGUAAGGAUAUGUAGGUUUAGAACUAGUAGGCUAUCUUGACCACCAGGCAAUACAGCUGCAUUCUCUAUCAGUCCAAAUUUUGCCAGAUGGGGUGAAGACACAGUCCACCCCAUUAGGCCCAUAGCAGUUCUGACAUAAAGCUUUAAAUAAGUUUCUUGUUUAGGAAUCAUUCCUGUUUCUGGCCCUGCAGUCUCCAACCACUGCCCCAAGUUGGAAAAAAAAGAAAGUUGAGGUGAUGUGAGAAAUCACUUUGUAGCUUGUACCAGUGUCCUCCUUCAUCCCUCCUUCUCCAGAUAUACCAUAAAAGUAAAAGAAUUUGUCAAGUGGGAACUCGCUCUUGUCCCCCUCAUGUUAAAUGGGCAUACAUACUCACGAAGGUAUAUAUACUAGCCCUUCCUGCCUUUAUCAUCCCCCAUUUUAGACAAUGUUUCAAUUACCUUUUUCAGUUCUCUAGUUAAACCACUAUCCAUUUUGAUGCGAUAUCUUUUUGCCCAUCCUUAGACACUAUGGGCUAUUGAAGUAUGUUUGCUGGUCUGAAGAAAUAUAACUUGAUGGUCCAAAUUGGCACAGUAUCUUCUGUUUCAGUCCUUUCAUAGUAUUUUAAGCAUCUGUGCCCAGGUACCUCUGGGGGUGCAAAGCCUAGUCCAAAGUAAAUGUCUAGUCCUGUCAGGGCCCUUUUAUAGACUACUCUGUAGGUAGUCUCCUGGGGCUACCACA